AUGGGCAAAUCAAGGAAAUCAAAGACAGCUUCAGAUUCUGCAAGGACUGCCAGACCCACCAGAUCCAUCCCUCUCAGUGAAUCAAGUAAGGAACCUACUAAAAGCAUUAAUUUAGAUUCUGCUUUAGUAGUUAUUCCUGAACAACCUCAGCCUAUAUCUACAUCUCUGCCAACAUCAACCCAAACAACUCCCACUCAAACAGAACCUCAAACACAAGCCUUUUCUCAAGCUGAAACACAAGCCCCCCAACCAAACAUCCAAACAGCUACCACCGCCAUUCCAUUCAUCCACAUACAAACCUCUUCCACAUCCACCAUAACUGAACUUGUACCUGCUUUCAAUUCUUUCAUUCAAGGUAUCGUUCAAAGUGAGGCUACCCUGAGAACUUUGGUUCAACACUUCACUCCCAAGCCUCCAUCCACUUCACAGACCCUCCUGUUAACUCAAACUGUGAACUCACGAGACCUGAGUUUUACCUCACCUGAGAAGACUGCGACCUCCAGGCAAAGGCAAGUGACAAUCUCUGAAGCUGAGCAUAUGGAUGAGUCUGACCAUUCAGGAAUAGAGAAGAACCAUGAGAUUGAUUCUACCCCUUCAGGACAACCCAGAACUCAUAGUUCCAAUGCUUCAAGCUCAAAUGCAACCAGAACUCCUCAGCCCGUCUUGACCUUGGCAACCUCCUUCCGACCUCAAAAUCUCAUUCAACUCAUUCAGGAGUUCUCUGAAGAGGCAACCAGAAGAUUGAAAUGGUUAUACCAGGUAACUGAUAAUCAGUUUGAUGCUUCAUUUGUUGAUGCAGAGGUUGCAGAAGACAGCUCUGAAGGAAUAGUUAUCCUAGAAGAUGCAGAUGUUACUGAAGUUGAGAAGCAAGUGCCAAUUCAAGUUGAUGCUGAAAUUCCAUCAGAGGCAGAAGUUCCUACCCCUGUUCAAGCUCCAGAACCUACUCCUCAUCCAGAAGUUGCUACUCUUGCUGCCAGGAUUGACAGAAUUCAAGAUGAUCAGCAGAGAUUAUGA